GAGAGAAAUGUGUUAAAACACACACACUUACACGACGCAACACACCUGUACACACCUGAACUUCCGGAACAUUUCUAAACAAGACACAGAGCAUGUUUCAUUGGGAAAACUGACCUGACCAAACCUUCAGGCUAUCUAUGACACUGAGUUUUGGAAAGGAGAAACUAAAAUGUGAUCCAUGUUCUGAGUGAUGGCCUUUGAUGAACUUUUGGAUGGUAUUUAAUGCACCGCUAUAAAAUAAGUCUAUAAUAUUGUAAUUCAAGAUGUCUGAGGACCUUUCUUCAGACUCUGUGCCAGAUCACACUGACUGGAAAACUGAAAAGAUGAUAAAUGCAGACAUGGAAAGAACAGAAGAAAAUCUCACCAGUGCUGAAACGGAGCCAAGCACGCUGCCCUGGCCGGGAGACAAGGCUGAUCAGCUUGGUGAGAUAGAAGAAGCAGUAUCUGUUCUCAAUCCAGAGCAGAGUGAAAUGGAUCUUGUACAAGGCAAGGAGAGCGAGAGAUCAGAUAGCGGUGGAGAAGUAAGCAGGACUGAGAGUGAGCGAGAGAUUGGUGGGCAAGAAAAGAGUGCAGCAUGUGAAGACUGCAGGGAGGAAACGCAGCCUGAGCAAAAAGAGAAGGUUCCACAUUUGGAGAUUGAGCUGGAGGAGUUGAACAGUAUGCCAGAGAAAGCAGCUGGGGUCUUCAGUCCAAGUUUUAGCGUCCUGCGCUCCACCAGCAUGCCGGAGCCACCCAGGCGCAGGUCAGAAAUGUGGGAGGAGGAGAAUCAUGUCUUACUUGGACAUCCAGAUACACUUCCACAUGGAUACAACCAUGACUAUCCCAAACAGAACUGUUCAUGUGGUGGGAAAUACCGUGAUGUGCUGAAAAUGGGAGUAUCUUUAAUGAUGUCAGCUCUGAUCUUCCCUGUCCUGGUGUGGGGUGGUCACACUUUCUUGCCCUUUGAUGCUCCUCUGCUGGAUAGCGCCCCUCUAAGACUGGUCUACACACUGCGCUGUUCGGUUUUUGCAGUCAUACCGAUUGUCCUGGGUGUGUUGGUGCUGGGUGUCUCCCGUGUGCGCUACCGUUCUCUGAAUCCUCAUUGUGAUGGAGAAAUUGAAGAGGUGAACAUCCACCGCCGCUACGUUGACGACUCCGUCUCACUUUUCCUCCUGUAUUUCCUUCAGCUGAGUGUCAUGGCUGCUUAUCUGAACCAGCACCUUCUCAAAUUGGUGCCUCUCCUCACCAUAGUCUUUGCCAUUGGCAGGCUGGUGUACUGGAUUGCCGCAGCAUGGGGCAGCAGUCUGAGGGGUUUUGGCUUCGGGUUUUCCUUCCUGCCUAUGCUGACCAUGUUGGUGGCCAACCUGUACUUCAUCUUCAUGGCUGAAUCUGCUGGCUCAAUCUUUGCCCAGGAUGAGAUUGAACCACUCAACCCUCCUCAGGAGUACAGGCAGAGAUUCUGGGGAUAGAACGAGAUCUGAUGCCCCAUUUUUUUCAUCUAUUUCUUUGUUAGUUAUGUCUUAUUUUUCUUAGCUUCAUAGGACAUGUAUCAAACACCUAUGUACAUAUCAAAGGUAGUAUUCCAGUUUUGAAAAAAAAGAAAAAAAAAAGUUUUAUUAGUCUUAGAAGCCAAUAAACAACUUCGGGCUAUAAUGGACCUCAUGCUGUGAUUGUCAUUUUGCUUGUGAAUGAUUGUUAUGACAUUCCACAUCUGUCUUGACAGAUUAUGUGGGGUUAAACUGUAUAUGGUUGCAGACAUGUAAGACAUUUAGUAAGAAGAUUCCCUAAAGUAAGUUAUUGUUCUAUGAUGCUACAGUCAUGUGAACAAUACUGCUAAUGACUAUAAUUCCAGAGCAUUAUCAAGCAAGAUUUAAAUGCUUUAGUCAUAGCAGGUUGCUUAAAAUAAUUUGUUUAUGAAUGCAACACAAGCAGAUGUGGAAAGAUUUUUUUUCAUAGACUUCUAGUUUCUUUCUAAUGCCAAAAGAACAUAGUGAUAUUUUUUUUUUCUUUUCUUGCCAUGUCGAGUUUAAAAAUAGCCGCAUAGCUUUGUUGAAAUUGUGUGUGCAAUAUACAUGAAGUGGGUUAUUUCUUUAAAAAUGGUAGUACAAAAAAGGAGAAUGUGUAAAACCUUUACUUUACAUUACUUAGUACUUAUUUCAAUACAGGUUUUUUCAUGAAUUUGGGAUGCUGGGUAUGGAUUAUCUAAGUAUGUGUGAAGAGGAAAUUUCAAGCUGGUAUAAAAAGACAACAAAUGUGUUAAAUUUCUUAAGAAGCAUAAAUGGUAUUUUUGCAUGCUUUUGUAUUAACUCUUGUAAAUAAGAUGCAACAAAUUUAUUUUUUAUUUCCUCUGAAAACAUGUCAUUGUAUCCCUUAAACAGUGAUAAAAGACUAUGUAUGCAAUGUUAGUUGAGGACUGCCAUGGCAGUUUCUAAUGAAUUUUUCCCAUUUGCUUGUUUUUUUUCUGUCUUCUAAAAGCUGUAUAUAAUAUAAUAUAACCUAUAAACUAUCCCUAGCUACUGUUCUCUGGCAAUGUGCUCCGCUUGUAGAACCACAGUUCUAUUUACUUUCCUUUCUAACUACCAGGGGGGUUCCUUUAAUGUAGUUAAAGUAUCACAGUCAUCACAGGGUUUAUAAUACAGUCAAAUAAUGCACAAUGAUAAUUUUCAGAACUAAUACAUUGUUGAAAUGCCAGACUGGGAAUCACUCAGAUAGCAUUUGGAGUUUUAUAAAUAUGGCUACUAUUGUCAGAUGUAGAAAUUUUAGCAGUGUGGUAAAAUUGUGAUAACUGGUCAUUUCUGGACUCCUUUUGUGAUCGCGAAAGCUCUUCCAUCUAUCCCAAAAGAGUCAUUCUUAUGAACUGCACAUUCUGCACGUAUCAUGGCUUUUCUUGUACUUGGCUCUCAGUCCUAGAGUUCCCUAGACUAGAGUGAGAGGAGAUGUGUCUGUAUUUUGGCCAUCCGAUUGUGUGUGCAGAUGGGAUUCUGGGUAAUCAUGCAUUAGAUGCUUGAUCAUGCCUUGUGCUGGCCUGAAACUAUUCUUGUUUUUUUUUUGCUUCAGGUCAAGGCUUUCUAUAAUCUGCACAUGUGGUCUAUGUUUGCCUAUUACAAUCUGGAAUGACAACAAGCAAGUGGAAACUUCACUAAUUUUUCUGGCAGUCCAGAACUAAAAUGAAUACAAAUACCACUUUCUAGAAAAACUACUAUUGAAUAAUUAGAUGUCAUCAUGAUUAUUUGUUCCCAGUAUAAUUCUCUAUUUAUUUUAAAAGACAGAGAACAUAUGAUUGCAUGUGUAUAUGUAAAUAUAUAUAUCAAUCUAUAAAGUUUAAAUAUUGUGUAUUUACUUUUUGCAUUUAUAUACUGUACACUGAACAAAAUAAACUAGAAAUAUUUUAA